CGGCGUGAGAAGACCUCAGGCUCCCGGGAUUCCAGUCACCUGGUUACUGCCUCCUCCGCGCCCGAGCCGGGUCGCAGGCUCCCGAGCUCUUUCCGCUCUCCGCCGCCGGCUUCCCUCCGCGGCGCGACUCUCAGGGCCAAGAUGAGCCUGUUUGGAGCAGCCUCCGGGUUUGGCACUGGGGGAGCCAGCAUGUUUGGCAGCGCCGCCGCAGAUAAUCACAACCCUAUGAAGGAUAUUGAAGUAACAUCCUCUCCUGAUGAUAGCAUUGGUUGUCUAUCUUUUAGCCCGCCAGCCUUGCCGGGGAACUUCCUUAUUGCAGGGUCGUGGGCUAACGAUGUUCGAUGCUGGGAAGUUCAAGACAGUGGACAGACUAUCCCAAAAGCCCAACAGAUGCACACUGGGCCUGUGCUAGAUGUCUGCUGGAGUGAUGAUGGGAGCAAAGUAUUUACGGCGUCGUGUGAUAAAACUGCCAAAAUGUGGGACCUCAACAGUAACCAGGCGAUACAGAUAGCACAGCACGAUGCUCCUGUUAAAACUAUACACUGGAUCAAAGCACCAAACUACAGCUGUGUGAUGACCGGGAGCUGGGAUAAGACUUUGAAGUUUUGGGAUACACGAUCAUCAAAUCCUAUGAUGGUUUUACAACUCCCUGAAAGGUGUUACUGUGCUGACAUGAUAUAUCCUAUGGCUGUGGUGGCAACUGCAGAGAGGGGACUGAUUGUCUAUCAGUUAGAGAAUCAACCUUCUGAAUUCAGGAGGAUAGAAUCUCCACUGAAACAUCAGCAUCGCUGUGUGGCUAUUUUUAAAGACAAACAGAACAAGCCGACAGGUUUUGCCCUGGGAAGCAUUGAGGGGAGAGUUGCCAUUCACUACAUCAACCCCCCGAAUCCUGCCAAAGAUAACUUCACCUUUAAAUGUCAUCGAUCUAACGGAACCAACACUUCAGCUCCUCAGGACAUUUACGCGGUGAAUGGAAUUGCGUUCCAUCCUGUUCAUGGCACCCUUGCAACUGUGGGAUCUGAUGGUAGAUUCAGCUUUUGGGACAAAGAUGCCAGAACAAAACUAAAAACUUCGGAACAGUUAGAUCAACCGAUAUCGGCUUGCUGCUUCAAUCACAAUGGAAACAUAUUUGCAUAUGCUUCCAGCUACGACUGGUCAAAGCACAGGCGCAAGCAGACACGAUGACACCUGCACUUCACCUCCCUCCGCGUCUGCGAUGGCGCAUCCUGGGACUUGCCCCGCUCCCUGUGACGUCACAGACCAGAAGUCUCCUGUGCUGAGAAACCUCCAGCUCAUCCUCCGCCAUCCUCCCCUCCCCAGGCUGUGCUCACUGAGGGGGAGUCAUCUUGGCAUUAAAGUGGUGGAAGGUUGACAAAAGUCUCAGUGCUGAAAAGAUAAAUAUGUAGAAAAUCAUCCUUCUAAGGGGCACAUUGAAGACAUUUCCACCAAGUCCUUAACCUUUACUCUGAGGAUUAAAGUUUUUGUUUAACAUUUGACUUUUAUUUCUCUCCAUUUACCUGUUUUAUUCCUCCAGAGAGAUUACACAUCAUGCAUGGAGCACAGGACUUGGCAUGUUAAAAGUGCCCACAAAAUGCUAACCGGAUUUUUAAUCAAUUUUUAAGGUACUGUUUUUUUUCCCCUUUAGGGACAUGAAUUUUAUAACCCCCAAAAGAAAAAUUACAUUUUCCUACGUAACGCAGCCGAAGAGCUAAAGCCCAGGAAUAAGAAGUAGUGGCUGGAGACUUGUGGGUUGUCCAGAGUUGUCUUCUCUCCACUCUGCCUCAUCUCUGUACGAAUUUGGGUCCCAGCUUUCAGUGGGUUGUCAGCCAUGGAUGUGGAUUUCAACCCCUGAAGAAAACGAUGUCAUUGUUCAGCAGUCAGGAGCCUGGCGGCCACGGUGACUGUCCAUCUCUCCAUUCCACUGCCGGUUACAGGUUUUGUCUGUAACUCUAAGAUCUUAGAUUCAUGUGGGCAACUGCCAGGUAUUUUGCAGUGCUUCAUUCAGCAGUGUAUGUAUUAGAGAACAUUGGGGAACAUUCUACGAGCCCUGUACUGUAUUUUGUAAUAAAAUAUUUAGAAGAUUGUC